GCGUAGGGAGAGUUCUCGCGCUACGAGGCGCGGUAUAUUUGAAUUCUCGGGGCGCAGGCGCAGUCUGGUCUGGUGAACGCUUUCGUUGGGAGGGUUCACGCUUCGGGGUUUGCGUUGGCUCUGAGGAGGAGGAGGAGGAGGAGGCUCGUGAUGAAGAGCACGGUGCCGCGCCCUACCUUGAGGGGUUUGAUUAAAAAGCAUAAACCUCACCUUCGUUUGAGCGCCAACACCGAUGUUCUGGUACAUUUGAACUUCUUACUGUUUCUGCAUGGAUUAGCAGAAGAAUCCAGGGUCAAGGCUAUUGCAGAAAAGAGCAAAACAAUUAAAUAUGAACAUGUUAUCUCUUCAGCAAAGAUAAUUUUAAAGAAGAGCCGAGGUUAAGUCGAGAAACUCCUCCAUCCUCUGGUUGAUUUUUGUAUAGUGUACAAAUUUGUCAAAAAACUUUUUGUGUGUGCAAAGCUCUCAUGUUCAUAUCAGGUAAUUUUCCAGAAUGGGUGUCAUUGUGAAUUCAUCACCUAGUCUUUGAUAACAUAGCUGAAGUAUGAGAUUAAAAUUGUGAUUGAAAUAUAUGUUUUAACAUUAGUAUUUUUUAAGCAUGUCUUCUGCAGUGCUUAAUGUUAGCUUAACCUGAAGUCAUUAUGUUUUCUAUAAAAACAAAGUAUUUCUCUCCUGCCAAAUACUUAUGAAAAAGGCCUGCUAUGAAUGUAUAUGCUUUCAAUUGUUUAGAAACCUUUUAAACUUCCACAAUGUUAAAGUAACAUCACAAAUAAAUAUUGCAGUUAAAUAGAUGCUUGAACAAGAGGCUCAUAAUAAGAAACCAGAUAUUUGCAAUAAAGGUGUAAACAUAUUGUAAAAACAAA